GGCCCAAACACUCAACACGCGACAAAGCCACAAACGUAGAGAAUAAAUGAAACGAUGCGUUUAGGACACGUGUCGGCUUGUCAGGCAUCGACUUUCCAUGUGGACAAUGCGGGAGAGACUCCAACAAUUCUUUAUAUAAUUAGAUAAUACUAGUAUUAUUGUUUUAUUAAAGUCCUGCAACUUCUCAGACAAAAAAAGUUCUUCCACUUCCGUUCGAAUGACAGACAUUUGCUUAUAUAUAGAAGGACAGAAGCUUUAAACUCCCCUUUUUAAUUGCUUGAACAAAAAGCAAAGGAAUUAUCUCUGUGUUAGUUAUUUUUCUGCAGGUUAAAGAAAACCAUAAAAAGACAUUUCUUCUUCUCUGUUUCCCCGCUUUUAUCUUUGAAGUUUGGUUUCUGGAGAAGACAAAAGUUUUCUACUUUUUGUAAAAGUUCGAGGUCUUACAAAAAUAAUUUACGGGGUCUUCUCAGCUCAAGUUUCAUAAAAACUUUGUGAGCCUUUCUUAAGUUUGGUGAUGAUGGAUAUGGAGGUUAAACAGAUAUUGAAGAGUCUAUGUUUCAGCUAUGGAUGGUCUUAUGCUGUCUAUUGGCGCUCUGACCCCAUUAAUCCCAUGUUACUGAGAGUUGAAGAAACACACAAUGAUGAACAAUCAGCCACACUCGUUGAUGAUAUGAUUCUUAAGACUCAUGUCUUAGGCCAAGGGUAAGAAGCUCAAAUAUUCAUUCAAUGGAUUAAUAUAUUUCUGCUUUAACGUAACUACCAAUGGCUGUUCUCAGACACACUUGUUCAGAGUAUCGCAAUCAUUCCAAUAGGAUAGGGCGUUGUUCAAUUAGGGUCUACUCAAAAGAUUGUUGAGAGCCGAGAGAUGUUGGAAUAAACAGAAAGAGCUCUGCAGGAGAAGCAUUCUUUGAAAGUAAAGGAUCAGUCGGUAAUUCUUGAUACUUUGUUUGAGUCUCUAGUACCACUGGUAGACUGUGAGCUUGUCCCUGAAUAUUUUCGAAUCAGCUUCGAUGACAUCUUCACCGAAGAAGAUAAUAAUCCCCUUCUUUGCUCUUCGAUAAACCAGCCUUUGAAGUCAUCCCCAACCUUUCUCAGACUAAUAAAGAAUGAUUCUGUGUUCGACAUUCUCAACUCUUACUUUGACGAUCUUUACCAGCUGCUGGCUGAUGAUGAUUCCAAGAACAGGAAUGCUCAUGGAUCCAAAGGAAACGACAAGGUUUUGGGGAUCCAUUCCUAUGAUUGUCCGCAGAAAGGACAGUUAUUCUCUGAGCUCAUAAGCACUAGGCUUAGCAACAGCACUAGUUGUCUCACAAUGUGCAACAACAAGAUUCUUAUUCUGGCCUGAAUAGAGCAAAGACGGAAACUUGACAACUCAACAAGCUCAAGCUUCUUCAUGACUCAAGCGGAGACACUAACACCUUCUAAUCCUCCCAUGUGGAUUGAUGAAGAUGGCAGGAACUGGAAGAAACCUCAAGAAGAAGGAGUGAAGAAGAAGAAAAGAGCAAAGGCAGGAGAAAGCAGGAAAGCCGAGCCUAAAGACAGGCAGAUGAUACAAGACCGUAUCAAGGAGCUACGAGGGAACAAUGGAGCUAAGUGUAGCAUUGAUACAUUGCUUGAUCUGACGAUAAGACACAUUUUCAUGCAAAGCAUCGCCAAGUACGCUGACACCAAACAACCAUACCAGCCUAAGUGACUGGUGAAGGAGAAAGAGAGAACGUGGGCGUUGGAAGUGGGGGAUGAUGAGUCAGUGGUAUGUCCGAUCAUCGUGGAGGAUUUGAAGCCGCAAGGACAAAUGCAGAUAGAGAUGGUGUGCCAGGAUGGGGAUGAGUUUCUUGAGAUUGCACAUGUGGUGAGAGGUCUAGUGAACAUUUUGAAAGGAGUCAUGGUAACGAGACAGGGAAGGAUAUGGGCACACUUGAUCGUCGAGGCAAAGCCACACAUAACUAGGCGUCAACUCUUCUACUCACUUGUUCACCUCUUUCAACAACAAAACCCACCACACUCCUUUGACCACCAAACAUGACUUAUAGGACUCAAUUAUUAUUAUCUGUUGAUUGGUUAAACCUGAUUCUUUUGGAUUGGUGAACGGAAUCGAAAUCUGUUGAUAUAUAGUUUAGUUCCACCAAUCCUAAAGCGUUCGUUGUUAGAAUCAUUUACAUGAAGGAUUUUGGGCUUUACUGCGAUUGUGUGUGUGUAAUUCAUGUAAUGCAAAGUCCCGUAAUUCCUCCGUAAGACAUUCCAAAAAUACCCAUUAAAGUAUUGAAUGUGCGAUUAAGACA